AUGACGAAAUCCGACGCCAUCCGCCUUCUCAAGGAAACCGCAUGGUUUGCCGACGCGUCGAACGAUUUUCUCGACGUAAUAGCAGACAAAAUGGAGCUGCACGCUGUGGACGACGGCUAUGUCUUUGUCGAGGAAGACGAAAUCAUGACGCAUAUUUUCGUGAUCGAGGAGGGAACACUAUCGCGCACGAAAAAGUCCAACAACAGCAAGCUUACUCGUCGUCAGUCCCUCCGCAAUCUGUCCAAGCUUGACCGUCGGAACUCGUUGCAGGAGGAAUCCGUCUUGAUCGAUACCGUUCAGGGCCGUGGCCGCGUUACUGGUCUGCUCCACAACAUUCACGAAGACACCAAGGCCUAUGCGACGGUCACCUCGUCCGGUCCGGCCAAAGUGUGGGCCCUCGAAGGUAAAGCAUUUCAAUCCAUCAUUGGCACCAACUCGAAAUUUGCGCUGCAGAUGAUGCAAGCCAUGAGUCACGAACUCCGGGGAGGAAGUCGCAGUCUCCGUGCCCUCAUGAAGAAAGUCAAGGGAAAGCAUCGGCAGGGCAAAGAAGGCGAGGUAGAGGAUAGCG